GACAGCCGAGCACUCCCCGCAUGCGGUGUUUACAAAAGUCUAUCUCGUAACACUUUCCUCAUUCAUCAGAUUAUUCAAAAAUGUUCCAACUAUUUCAAAAAAGUGCCGGUAAACUCCUCAGUUUCAAAGUUCCGCCGGUGGCAGCAGUCAGUCAAUGCCGCGCACUAGUCCAGCAACAACACCAAGCAUCAAAUUCGACCGAUUUGAACCCAUUCCGGGCACCCCGCUCUGUAUGGAUAGAAAACUUGGAUACCAUCGAGGAGCAAAAGCUCGGAAUCCAGCAGCUGAGUAGCGAAGUGUUUGGCGCCGCUCCUCGAAUCGACAUCGUCCACCAGAAUAUCGAAUGGCAGCGGAAGUACCGUUUCGUAAGCUUUUCCCAUUCAAAAACCCGCAAUGAAGUCCGAGGCGGCGGUCGGAAACCAUGGCCACAGAAGGGUUUGGGACGGGCUCGUCACGGAUCGAUUCGGUCUCCGUUGUGGCGCGGUGGCGGAAUUGCCCACGGUCCACGUUCUCCAACAACGCAUUUCUACAUGUUGCCGUUCUUCAGUCGAGUUCUGGGGCUGGUUUCGACGCUGUCCAUCAAACUGGCUCAGGAUGAUUUGCACAUAGUGAGGGAUCUGGAUAUUCCCACAGAGGAUCCACAAUACUUGAGGGAUCUAGUUCAGGAACGAGCCUGGGGACCUUCGGUGCUUUUCAUCGACAGUAGCGACAUUAUGCCACGGAAUAUUUCGGCAGGGGCGGACGAAAUCGACCACAUCAACCUGAUGCCGGUUUACGGGCUUAACGUAUAUUCCAUGUUGAAACACGACACUUUGGUUCUGACGAAAAGCGCCGCGGAGGAAAUCGAAUCGAAACUCAGCGAACAUAUGCACCGGACCGAUGCCCGGUCCUUGAUGACCAAGUUUAAGGUUGAUCGAUAAAUUGUGGAUGAUCGCGAGUAAAAUAAAAUAUGCUAGUAGAUCGAUGCAA